CCCUUGAACGCAUCAUUUCUCCCCUGCCAACGUCAGCCGGAACCAGGAAAUGUCCAGCUUGUUGUGAGUUGUCGCGUUGUUUUUAGCUGUUUCUAUUGUUUUUUUCUUUUUUUUUCUUCCUGGGUCACAAAUGGCGAGCUGCGUGGGACCGCGACUCUGGUCCUCGGCGCUGCUGCUGCUGGUGCUGAUCGGGACGGUCGGUGCCGUGUCCCAACAGGGAAAAUGGGUCGUGAACAUCGACAGCGGAACUCUGAAGAAGCCAAGCUUAUUCUUCUUCACUAAAACUCUGUUCAACAGCAGCUUCAUCCAUCUCAGACUGGUGUCGGAGACCUGCAACUCCUCGUCCCCCGUCCUGCUGAACGUGUCGUGGUAUCUGAGGAACUCGCACUGCUUCAAAGAAGUCGUCAGCCUAGACGUGGAGAAUGCAGGAAAUUACUUCAAUUCAACGAAGGUCAAAAAAGGAGGAGGAAGUGGAUAUUAUGUUUUUCAUCAAUAUCCUGUCAUCACCUGCAAGCCACACAUAGGCCCCAACACGUUUGGCCUGAAUGAGUUUGAGAUGAAAACCCGACUGACGGAAGUGACGCCCCAACAGCCAACCACAGAGAAGACUCCAGGUCGGAGGAGAAGGAGUGAUGCACCUACAGAAUCUCCAAAGCCAAAGGUUACCGCAGUACAGAAGAAGGGGGAUUCCGCCAAAAAAGGAAAAGCUUCCAUCCCUCCUCAAGGGGUCAAUCAGAUGGCUGCUUUACUUGAUGUGGUGGCCGAGACCUGGGAGGACGGACCAUACAUGUUCAUCCUGAGUGUCCAAGAGGUCAAGGACAAGAGCAGAGCCCCUGAAGCCGCUAACCCUCCCACGCCCUGGACUCUACAAUUGCAGAUCAGCAUGAUGGGUCCUCAUGACUACAUAUCAGCCUCUGAGUGGCCGAUGAUGGUGUUCUACAUGGUCAUGUGUAUUGUGUACGUGCUGCUGGCGGUGUUGUGGUUGGCUCUGUCGGCGUGCUACUGGAGGGAUCUGCUCAGGAUCCAGUUCUGGAUCGGAGGAGUCAUCUUCCUGGGCAUGUUGGAGAAAGCCGUCUACUACGGCGAGUUCCAGAGCCUCAGAUACGAAGGCUUGUCGGUCCAGGGGGCGGUGGUGUUUGCUGAGGUGCUCUCUGCGGUAAAGAGGACUCUGGCCAGGGUGUUAGUGAUUAUCGCCAGUCUGGGAUACGGUAUCGUGAAGCCCAGACUCGGGGCGUUGCUCCACAGAGUCGUCGGAGUCGGUCUGCUCUACCUGAUCUUCUCUAUUGUUGAGGGGAUGCUCCAAGUCAACGCUGAUCGAGGAAACUACACCAGCAGUAGAAUUGUGUGUGACAUAGUGCUGGCCUUUAUUGAUUCCUGUGUUGUCUGGUGGAUCUUUGUGAGUCUGGCUCAGACGAUGAAGCUACUGAAGCUGAGGAGGAACGUGGUGAAGCUCUCUCUCUACAGACACUUCACCAACACGCUCAUCUUCGCUGUCAUAGCGUCGAUCAUCUUCAUCAUUUGGAGCAGCAAGACCAUCAAGGUGUCUCAAUGUCAGUCUGACUGGAGGGAGCUGUGGAUAGAUGACGCGUUCUGGCGCUUAUUGUUUUCCAUCAUCCUAUUGGUCAUCAUGUUCCUGUGGCGACCGUCAGCCAAUAACCAGAGGUAUGCCUUCAGUCCUCUGUUGGAUGAAGAGAGCGAGGAAGAGGAGAAGGAGCCCAUGAUGAACGAGGCUUUCGAGGGGAUGAAAAUGAGGGGUGGGAAAAAUGAGACCAACGGCACGGCCAAAGCCAACAAGGUGGAUGAGGAUCUGAAAUGGGUAGAAGAGAACCUCCCUUCAUCGAUGGCAGAUGUCGCCAUGCCCCCCCUGCUGGACUCUGAUGAGGAAACCUUGACGACCAAGUUUGAGAUGUCCAAGAUGGAGUAAAAGCAGAAGAGGACGGACAGACGGAGUGUUUGUGAAACGCAGGGUCUGGUGAACAGACAGCUAAAUAAUAAAGGUUAAUUCUCGGUGUAGAAGGUGGAUUAAAGAGAAGAAUGUCUGUUUCAGAGCACACGUAAAGAAGAGUGAUGGACAAACUGGUGGAUGAGAGAGGGAACGCAAAGGUGAAGGGUUGCUUUUGUCUGCCUGUGAUUUAACCCCUGACUUUAUGAGCUUUGUAAGCCUUGAUUGUACAAACACUGGGAGUAAAAUCAGUCACAGCAGCACAAAGAUCCUUUUUAUUUUCAUUGCCUGUUAGUAUUUAUAUUUCGAUAUAUGAUGUUGGUUUUUUUUGUGACAUAUUUGAUCUAUUGAGGUUCUCUGCUAUAGCGUGGCUUGUUUGUUUUUUUUCACAUGCGGAAAUGUGAUUUUCCAAUUUUGUCUCGUCGGACAUUUUGUGUCUGAGCUCUCCCUGUCAGUGUUUUUUUGUUGGGUAAAUGAAUGAGAAAUAACGGAGAAAAAACAACUAUGUAAAUUAAUAUCUAAAUGGCUUUCGGUCCCUUUGGCUUUGGAUCCAUAUUUUUCCAGCUUUGGCUCCAGUGUAAUUUGUAUUUGAACCAUUAAAGCUGUUCACAUUUGGAUCAUUUUA